AUUCAUAUCUUCCUCCGUCUUAUCGCUAAUAAUUUUCUCGCCUUCACCGUUCUAUAAGUCAAGCGCUCAAUUCGGUGUUUAUUGUAAGAUUCAAACACGUGAUAUGUUAUAAGGUAAAAACAUAGUUCAGUGGUAUUGAGUUUAUGUUGCGGUGUGAGGCGCAGCAUGGCGCAUGUUGGGUCAUGGUGAGCUAACUGAGGUCCGCUGAGGUGCGGAAGCGGUGUCGCCUUUCUCGCCACUUCGGGUGAUGUGAGGAGCGACACCAGGCUUCCCACUCUCCGUGUAUUGCUUAUUCUAAGAGGUCGGAAAAUUGUUUCUCGUCCCAGUAGAGACUCAACCCUCAUGUGUUGUCCCUCAGCGGCACCAGAGGCGACAUCAGAUGAGCGCAAGGCAUACGCGACUACGAGCGGGCGUUCCAUCUGCACUGGCGGACUGUGAGUGUGUGUGUGUGUGCGUUGGGGGAGCCGCUGUGCGCCAGCCGUCACCAUGCUCCGCCCCAGUCACUCCAGCACCACGACCAUUGGCAGAACGAUGAUUAUGUGGGCGGGCCCAGGUUGAUGGGCGGGGCGAGCGACAGGCAGACACAUGGCAGGGUGACGGCAUGUGGUGGAAGCCGAAGAAUACUGGAGUGGUUACCCCGGGCCCGGCGCUGCUCGGCUAGCGUUACGUGGUGUACUGUGCUGCGAGGUGGCGCACGCCUGUUUGCACGUGUGGUGUUUUGAGGCACGCUGCCCUUCCUGUUGUACUCGUCCCUUGUUUCACAUGGACGCCGGCUGAAUGAUGCCCUGCGAUCCCCUGAUGAAGCCCAAGCUCGGCUUUUCUAUUGAGUCGCUGGUGGGCGGCAAGGUGAACUCGGAGGGCCGUGGAUCGCCGCCGCUCGCCGACACCUGCAGCGAGCGAGGAGUGUCUCCUCCCGGCUCCAUGCCUCCGUCACCCCGCUCCCCAGGCCCUCCGGCCUUCAGUGACCUGCGGGCACCUCUGGCCAUGCGUGCCUUGCUGGAUGAGUACAAGCCUCUGCCCAUCCAGCGGCCGCAGCCAAUCAAUGGUGCGACACACAGACCUUCUCAGGAAGUGAGCCUGCCGCCCUCCCUACUGGCGGCGGCAAAGCUCCCCACAGGAUUUCCACCAGCCCUUCUUCCCCACCAUCUCAACCUGGCCGCCCUGCCACAGUUCCAAGGACUUCCUGGUACAUUUCCACCACAGCUCAACCCCCUCAUGAUGGGCGGGAGCGCUCCUGGCCUGGCCGCACACCUCCCUCGGGAAUAUCCUCUGUAUCCCUGGCUGCUGUCACGGCACGCAAGAGUCUUCCCUCACGGCCUCCCUAGUCCGGAGCAGUUGGCUUAUCUCCUACAGCCCUUCAGGAAGCCCAAGAGGAUCCGGACUGCGUUCAGCCCCAGUCAGCUGCUGAAACUGGAGGAGGCUUUCGAGAAGAACCAAUACGUGGUGGGGGCCGAGAGGAAGCAGCUCGCCCAGUCCCUCAAUCUCUCCGAGACACAGGUUAAAGUUUGGUUCCAAAACAGACGCACGAAAGAAAAGAGGAUCCAACAAGAAGACGGCGACAACGGAGGUGACUCGAACACAGCCGGCGGGGAAGGUGGAGCAAAAGGUGGAGGAGGAAGCGCGGCAGGAGGCGGAGGAGGAGCAGGAAACUCAGCCUCAGGAGGAGUAGGAGGCGGUGCUGGAUCCUCCUCCCCUGACAAGUGCUCCGCCUCCUCCUCUUCCCCUGACAGAGUUUCCAAGUCCAUGGAGGAGGAUGACGAUGACGAUGAAAUAAUUGAGGAGGAUUCAGAAAACGAGAGCGUGGAAGUGAGCGUCGGUGUCGGUGUGGGUGUUGGGGUGGGAGUGGGCAGCGGCAGAGUGGAUCUCAGCACGGGCUGAAAUAAUGAAUGCCUCGCCAGAGCCAAGUCAAAGGAGCCUCGCCUCGCUGACAUCCGCCCCGGCAGCUGGCGGUGAGUAGUGUCCGGGCGAAGCGUGUACAUAGUGUUUGCUGCGUUGAACGGCGUUAUGGAGACGCCUUAUGUGUACAGGACACAACGCCCUGAGUGGCUCAGGCUGAUUGACCUGGCUCCGCUAGUCACGGGUGGACGGCAGAAAAAACUGAAUCAUAUAUUUUUCGUUACUAAGAGCGAAAAUUAUGUAGCGCCUAUGUUCGAGAAAAAUCGAGAAUGGAAAUCAACGCUGU